GCAUGUGACGCGCCAGCUGACGGAAGCGGAAGUGAGGAGACGCGGCAGCGGGAUGGAGCUGGACGGGGCGGCGCGGCACCCCCCCAAACGUCGGGUCCCGGCGGCGGCGCCGCGUAUGGCGGAUCCUCACCCUCUCUUCGAUGAUACCAGCGCGACGGGAGGCGGUGGGACCCACCCGGGCCGGGGCUACGGGGUACCGCCGGUAGCCGCUUCUUCCUCUUCUCCGUAUCCACCGCCCGCUUCGUUUUUGGGUGAGCCGGUAUCCAGCCUGGCCGUGGCUUACGGUACCAGCCUGGCCAACCAGGGCCGUGACAUCGUGGAUCGUAACCUCGAUCGGUUCAUCCCGGUGGGGAGGCUGAAGUAUUAUUUCGCCGUGGACACCGUCUACGUGGGCAGGAAGCUGGGGCUCCUCAUCUUCCCCUUCGUGCAUCAGGACUGGCAGGUGAGGUACCAGCAGGACGCCCCGGUAGCCCCUCGCUUUGAUGUCAACGCCCCCGAUCUUUACAUCCCGGCGAUGGCCUUCAUCACCUACAUCCUCGUCGCCGGCUUGGCGCUGGGCACCCAAAACAGAUUCUCCCCCGACAGCCUGGGCUUGCAGGCGAGCUCGGCGCUGGCGUGGCUGAUCGUAGAGGUGCUGGCCGUCCUCCUCAGCCUCUACCUCGUCACCGUCAACACCGACCUCACCACCAUCGACCUCCUUGCCUUCGCCGGCUACAAAUACGUGGGGAUGAUCAUCGGCCUCCUCUCCGGGCUCCUCUUCGGCCGGACCGGUUAUUACGUGGUGCUGAGCUGGUGUUGCCUCAGCAUCUUCGUCUUCAUGAUCAGGACGCUGCGGCUGAAGCUGCUGUCGGAGGCGGCGGCCGAGGGGGUGCUGGUGCGGGGGGCCAAGAACCAGCUGCGGAUGUACUUGACCAUGGCCAUCGCCGCCGCCCAGCCCCUCUUCAUGUACUGGCUCACCUACCACCUCCUCAGGUGAGGGGGGGACCCCCCGAACCCCAACUUUACCCCCCCUGAACCCCAACUUUACCCCCACCCCGAACCUCCCUUCACCCUCGGCUGCUUCAAUAAACGCUGCCUGAGGAGCGUGA